CCCCAUAUUUCAUAUAUAUAUAUAUAUAUAUAUGCCCUUAAAGUUCUCAGAUUCCUAGCAGUUUUCUUUGGCAAUUAGUGACUGAGAUCAAGGGGCAGGAGCUACGUAUUUUCAGAUUUUGAUCCAACGAUGAGUCAUUCGGCUAUGUCCCAGGUGGCUGUAACUGUUCCUGUCAGCAGCGAUUUAUCUCUGAGAAGAUCUGCUCUUAAGCCAUGUGAUGUAAAUUUUCAGGAGAAAUCGUGGGCAAAGGUGUUGACUCUAGACUUGAAAUCAAACAAUCUGCGCUCAAGAAAUCAUCAUCUGAUAUGCAAGUCAGUGCAACAAGCAAGUGUACCUAAACUUUCUGUCUCCCCUUUAAAAUUGGAAGAUGACCCUGAGCCUCCAUUGAAUAUAUACAAGCCCAAACAACCCUAUACAGCAACAAUUAUUUCUGUUGAGAGGUUAGUUGGCCCAAAAGCUCCUGGGGAAACUUGUCAUAUCGUGAUUGAUCAUGGUGGAAAUGUUCCUUACUGGGAAGGACAGAGUUAUGGUGUUAUUCCUCCUGGUGAAAAUCCAAAGAAACCUGGGACUGCUCAUAAUGUUCGACUUUAUUCCAUUGCUUCCACUAGGUAUGGAGAUUUCUUUGACGGCAAAACAGCCAGCUUGUGUGUGCGUCGUGCUGUUUAUUAUGAUCCAGAGACACGAAAAGAAGAUCCUUCUAAGAAUGGGGUUUGCAGCAAUUUUUUGUGUAACUCAAAGCCUGGAGACAAAGUGCAGAUUACAGGCCCCUCAGGGAAGAUAAUGCUGUUGCCUGAGGAUGACCCAAAUGCUACCCAUAUAAUGAUUGCCACCGGCACUGGAGUUGCUCCUUUUAGAGGCUAUCUCCGUAGAAUGUUCAUGGAAUCAAUCCCUACAUUCAAAUUUGGAGGUUUAGCAUGGCUGUUCCUUGGCGUGGCAAAUAGCGAUAGCCUUUUGUACGAUGAUGAAUUUACCAAGUAUCUGAAGGACUAUCCAGACAACUUCCGCUAUGAUCGGGCUCUUAGCAGGGAGCAGAAGAAUAGGAAUGGUGGCAAGAUGUAUGUUCAGGACAAGAUUGAGGAAUAUAGUGAUGAAAUCUUCAAACUAUUGGACAACGGGGCUCACAUCUAUUUCUGCGGUCUUAAAGGAAUGAUGCCUGGGAUCCAAGAAACCUUGAAGAGGGUUGCUGAGCAGAGAGGAGAAAGUUGGGAGGAAAAACUUUCACAACUUAAAAAGAACAAACAAUGGCAUGUUGAAGUCUACUGAUGAUCUGUUUUGCUGAAUAUUCCCAUCUGUCUGGAGAAAUACAUUCCUCACACCUAGGCAUCCCAUGGAUUUGUUUCAAGUAAAAAACUUAGGUGCUCAAAGUUGUUAUAUCAUCUUUCAAUAUAAUUAUGACAUGUGGAUUUUCUUUUUAAUGAAGAUGAUUCUGUUGUGAGAAAGUAAAAGAUGUCCGCAUGUUAUAGUUUUAUUGAAAAAAGUUGAUAACAAACUCCUAAAGACUUUAUUCUAGUCUUCUUCAUUUUCAAUAAAUUCAAUAAGUAGUUUCUAUGAUAAUAAUUGUUCUGUGAUGAUAGAGAUUAUUUUCUUGAUCAAUACAACACUGAAGACCCAGUAUUUGGUGGUGGUUAAGAAGUUCUUCUGCAGAGGAACGACUUU